AUGGUGGUCUGCAAAUGUCGUAAGGCCACCAAACUAUACUGCUUCGUGCACAAGACGCCGGUGUGCUUCGACUGCAUAUGCGCUCCCGAUCACCAGCACUGCGUGGUAUGGCAGUACUCGGACUGGGUGAACGACGGCGACUACGACUGGCCGCCGCACUGCGCCGUGUGCAGCGAGUCCCUCGAGGAUACCGACAAGCCCACCAUCCGCCUCUCCUGCCUCCGUACGCGCGCUCUACCCCCACCCUACCUGCCUCACCUUCCCGUCCGACCUUUUAUGUUCUCCUCUAGUUGCCGACCCGCCUGCCGUUGCUCCUUGCCUGCACCGCUGUCAAGUGGGUCUGUUGGAAUAGCUCCUGGCUCAGGUGGGUCUGGUGGAAUAGCUCCUGGCUCAGGUGGGUCUGGUGGAAUAGCUCCUGGCUCAGGUGGGUCUGGUGGAAUAGCUCCUGGCUCAGACGUCAUCCUGAGCACGCCAGUCACGUCCGACCCAGCAGCCGCAUCCGCCCAAGCCACAGCACUAUCAGACAAAACCGUGCCGCCCGCAUUCGCCUCCGGCCCUCUCGCAGUGCCACAGCAGCAGGGCGGGGUGAACAUUGCGCGCAGUCGAACGGGCGGGUCGGAUCGCACGGCGGUGGACAUCACAGAGGAGAUCGAGACGGCUUACCGCACCGAUGAGGAGGCGGGCGAACGCAAAUACGCCAGACGAGGUCCGGCGCAUCUGCAGUUCCUGCGGGUGCUGGGGUCGUGGUGGUCACCAGCACUGCAUGCGCUGCCAGUGACGCUCACAGCCACGCACUCGCACCGCAGGGACAAGGACGAGCAUGCACCCGUGGGGGCGCACGAGGACGGCAGGCGGAGAGCGGGGCAGCGGCGCAGCGGCGGUGUGGACCCGCGGAAGCUGCUGCUCAUUGUGGCCAUUGUGUAA